GUAAACAAACAAAUAAAACCUGCAGUCGCUGUCCAAUUUUAUUUUAUUUUUUGAAUAAUUAUAACGAUAGAGCUGUUUUUUUAGAGUUAAAUUUUUCUUCCUUUAAUUUUCCAUCAUCUUUGAGUUUUCCUGUCAGUGGCUGAAUGAAUUUUAUGGAUGAUUACAUCGUGUCCAGUAAACUCUCACAAGAGGAUCCCUCCGAUUGUUGCCUUCUUUGGCACUUUCUCACUUGUCAUGACUAUUUUAUUCCUGACCACCGACCUCAAAGCGAGAAAAACUCAUAGAAAAAAUUUACCCUUCAAACCAAACUCUGAUCUGACAAGCGUGCAACAGGACAAUCCGCAGCUCAUAGACUUCAUAAGACAUAACUUCAUCAAUCCACCGGGAACGUUAGCAGAAUCAAAUACUCAACAAGUCACUCUAACUACCCAUCAAGAUGGACGGACCAUGACUGAAAACUGGCGUCUCAAUCGAGUAGGAGCUUUGUUUCGCAACAAGACUGAUGGAGUGUUUGUAGAUGUGGGUGCAUAUGGUGACAACAAUUUUUCAAUGACAGAGUACUUGGAAGAUGCAUUGAACUGGUCUGGCCUGCUAAUUCAGCCAGAUCCAGUCAUCUACAAUAAUUUGCUGCUUCGAAAGAGGAGUCAGUCUUUUUCAGCUAACACAUGUGUCAGUCCGACUCAGUAUCCACGCGAGGUGUCUUUCAAGAAUCCUCGAGAAGAAAGCAAAACUCAAACAACUGUGGAGUACAAAAGAGUUUUUUGCUUCCCAUUAUAUUCGUUACUGUUGGCGUAUAACUCAACAAAAAUCGAUUUGAUGUGCAUCAAUGCUCAUGGUUUUGAGUUCCAGGUUUUGAGAACUCUACCUUGGCCGAAGAUCGACAUUACUGCUCUCAGUAUUGCUUGCAACAAACAGGACAGAAUUGUAUGGAAAAAGUUAACCUAUCUUCUCGAGUCUCAAUCUUAUAAACUUAUGACUGAUUUCUCAAAUGAAAACUAUCAAGUGUUCCUAAAGAUAUCCAAGUAAUAAUUUACUGAUAAGCAAUUCAUUUCUGACCAGUAUGAUAUACUCUGACACCAUUUUUCUGUGAUAUUUACACUUUUUAUUCACUAAUAUUAGUUUUAUUUGUUUAUAUAAUUUCUGUGUGUAUUUUUAUAAUUUAUUUAAUUUUAUUAUCUGAACUGAACCUUCACUGUUUUCGCACCCCUUUUCGUAUAUUAACCUCACCGUUCAGCCUGAAGUAUUAAUUUAUGCCCCAAUAAUUACUUCUAGAUGACAACUUUGUGAACAUUGUUUUGUGACCAAUCAUCAUGCAAUCCAAUUUAAAGCAACGAAAAUAAAUUACCAUGCCAGUUAUGUUUCAGAUAUUUUGUUAUUGAAUCCUGGGACAUUGAAACUAAAUCUGUGACUUACUGUAAAAUUUGCUGUUCAUUUCUUUUUCUUACUUCAUGAUUAGGAAUAUGCAAUUUGGGCGUCCUUCGAAUUUUGCAACCCAAUAACAAGUUCUCUUAACUUGCCGUUGUUUGGUCACUGAAAAAAGUUCACUCUAUUUUGCAGCAUCAUCUGAACAAAUCAAACGAUGACAUACACGUUCUUAUUGAUUGUGUUAUUUUAAUUUUAAUGAGUAAUUUUCUUUUUUUUUAGAGAAUUGUUUGACCUAAGCAAAAAUAAAUGAUUUUUAAUUGUGUAAUGCA